AUGCUACUUUCACGUUUAUCACAUAAAGAAUUAAUACAAUUAGCUAAAAAAAGAUGUAUACCACCUUUAUUACCAACAUUUUAUAAAGGCCAAAGUGGUGGUAGAGUAUGUAUUAUUGGUGGUUGUGAAGAUUAUACAGGUGCACCAUAUUUUAGUGCAAAUGCAACUGCAUUAAUGGGAUGUGAUUUAACUCAUGUAAUUUGUGAAAAAAAUGCUGCAGCUGUUAUUAAAUCUUACACACCAAAUUUAAUGGUACAUCCUUAUUUAAGAGAUAAUGGUGAAAGAAGUGAAAUGGAAAAAAUUAAAGGAUUACUUGAAAGAAUUCAUGCUAUUGUAAUUGGACCAGGUCUUGGUCGUGAUAAAUCAAUGUUACAAGCAAUAAAAGAAAUUAUUCAAUAUAUUUUAAUUGCUAAAAAUGGUGAAAUUCCUAUUGUAAUUGAUGCAGAUGGUUUAUUUUUAAUUAGUCAAGAUAAAGAAGUUCGUGAAUUAUUAAAAAAAUUUCCGAAAGGUCGAAUUAUAUUAACACCAAACAUUAUUGAAUUUAAAAGAAUAAGCGAUGCAAUUGCAAAAGAUUUAAAUUUUGAUAGUACUAACUUAAAAGAUAAUCUUCAAAUGGGUCAUUUCAUAUCGAAUGAAUUAAAUUGCAUACUUGUUCAAAAGGGUAGAGAAGAUAGAAUUUAUUCUCCACAAAAUAAUUUUAUUUUAAUUAAUAAACAAGAAGGAAGUAAUAAAAGAGUUGGUGGACAAGGUGAUACUUUAACAGGUACUAUAGCAUGUAUGUUAUCAUAUAGUCGUUCUAUGUAUGAUUUCCAUGUUAUGCCACCAUCCUCUCAAAAUGAUACUACCAAUAAUAAAGAAGAAGAAACUUUAACAUGGACUGAUUUUGCCUUAUUAAGUUGUUAUGUUGGUACUACAAUAACUCGUGAAUGUUCCAGACUUGCAUUUCAAGAAAAAAAACGUGCAAUGCAAACUUCGGACUUAAAUGAUCGUGUCGGUUUAGUUUAUUCUAAGAUAUUAGAUUAG